CAACAUUCAACGAACAGUAUUCAAAACCGUCUAGAACACUCCAUACUGUUCUAUGUCUGUAUAAAAUGCCGAGCAACCCCAGGAAUCAACAACAAAAGAAUUAGACAGCAAAGUGUGCAUUUAGUGGUAAACGUGAGAGUAUUUUCAAAGUUCAACAUGGCUCUUUUACCGUGGUUGCUCGCCGAUCCAUUUGAUACCGUACUGGUUUCUGCUCGGCCUUCCAGAAUUUUGGAUCAGCACUUUGGGCUUGGUUUGGAUCCGGAAGAUUUAUUCCAGCCAUUGAAUCUCAACAAUAAACAACUAACAAGGACUCCAGCGGGCUACUUGAGAAGCUGGCGCACAGCAUCUUCCGGUAAAGACUCCGGUUCAACUGUGAGCUUUGACAAGGACAAAUUUCAAGCUAAUUUGGAUGUGCAGCAAUUUAAGCCAGAGGAGAUUUCCGUGAAAGUCACUGGAGACAAUGUGCUAACAAUUGAAGGCAAACACGAAGAGCAGAAAGACGAGCAUGGAUACAUAUCGAGACAUUUUGUGAGGAGGUAUGUGUUGCCUAAGAAUUGCAAUAUGGAGAAGAUUGAGUCCAAGCUGUCAUCUGAUGGAAUAUUAACCAUUACGGCUCCGAAUGUUGAAAGUACAGAUGUUGAGCACAAGAGCAUUCCGAUUACACAAACAGGGGAACCCGCUAAACAGAUUGAGCAAAAGAAGUAAAUCUGUUGUUUUUCAGUAUUUAUUUACUUAAUGUAUUUUUGUAAGACUGUUUUGUUUGUAAGUUACCGCUAGAUUGUUUUGAAUUGUAGAUUUUCCUUUAAAUUUUGAAUAAAUCUUCUUAAACUAAAA